CUCUCGCUCUUCUUUUUAUCCCUCGGACCCCCUCCCUCCCCUGUCUUUCAUUCUGCUGCUUGCUUCAAUCUCAAGUUCUCAGAGCACAGGCCAAUAAAAAAGGAGCUCUUUUGACGGAGGAACGAGCUUCAAUCUUCGAGUUUCUCAAAAAUUCGCUAAGCAGAGUAGUUUUUGAGAGAAGGGUUCUAUGGGUUCGAGCUACUGCGCUGAACCAUGAGAAAAAGGAGGAAUUUUUCUUGGUUUUUGAAUUGAGAUUGGUUGUUUUAAGCAUUAUUAUUGCCCUCUCUAUGGCUGGAAGCAACGAGGUUAACGCUAAUGAGUCAAUGAUGGUUGUUCCUUUAAACACAUGGGUGCUAAUCUCCAACUUCAAAGUAGCCUACAACAUGCUUCGGCGACCUGAUGGCACCUUCAACCGCCACCUCGCCGAGUACCUCGAGCGAAAGGUCCCUGCAAAUGCCUCCCCUGUCAAUGGCGUCCUCUCCUUCGAUCUCCUUCUUGCCCACCCUUCAAACCUCCUUGCCCGGAUUUAUCGUCCAUCCCCCGAAUCCACCUCCUUUGCCGAUCUCCACCUCCCCCCUUCAACCUCCCCUUUUCCCGUCAUCAUAUUCUUCCACGGUGGCAGCUUCGCUCAUUCUUCUUCCAACAGUGCAAUCUAUGACUCUCUCUGUCGUCGCCUUGUCACCCUAGUUGGUCCUUCUGUCGUCGUCUCUGUUAACUAUCGUCGCUCCCCUGAGCAUCGGUACCCCUCAGCCUACGAUGAUGGCUGGACUGCCCUAAAAUGGGCAUCCAACGAAUCUUGGCUUCGAUGUGCCAAGGACUCUAAACCAAGAAUUUUCCUCGCUGGUGAUAGCUCGGGAGGGAACAUUGCACAUAAUGUUGCAUUGAGAGCUGUUGACGCAGGAAUUGAGAUUUGUGGGAACAUUCUGCUUAAUCCCAUGUUUGGUGGCAUGGAGAGGACAGAAGCAGAGAAAAAAUUGGAUGGCAAGUAUUUUGUGACGAUUCAAGACCGCGAUUGGUAUUGGAAGGCAUUUUUGCCUGAAGGAGCAGAUAGAGAUCAUCCCGCUUGUAACCCUUUUGGCCCGAAUGGGGCUAAGCUCGAAGGAAUGAAGUUUCCCAAGAGUUUGGUUGUCGUUGCUGGUUUGGAUUUGAUCCAAGAUUGGCAGUUGGCCUAUGCUGAAGGGUUGAAGAAAGCUGGUCAGGAUGUGAAGCUUGUGUAUCGAGAGCAGGCAACGGUUGGUUUCUACUUCUUGCCCAAUACCGAACAUUUUUAUGAAGUCAUGGAUGAGAUCAAGAGCUUUGUGACUUCUAAUUGCUAGCAGAUACUCAAGUUCUUCAAACCCUUAACAGAUAUGCUAUAUAUAGGUAUAUAUGUCUUAUGUAUGUAUCGACAGAAGUUGAAUGAAUUGCUCAGAGUUGGUUUGGUUCUACACUACCAGGCUGUUGCUGACUUCGGUUGUUAACAACUCUGAGAAAUGAUUUGCAAUUCAUGAAAGAGGAACUCAGUGAACAAUGGAGGUUGAUGAAUUAUAGGUGACUUGAUCUGUGGAAGAAUUGUUGUCCUUAAAAUGCAAAAUUUCAUUCAUGGAAAGCUUUUGAAGUACAGCUCUUCUUCCUUCUACUGACUGUUUGUCCUGUGAUAAUACAAAGAGGAGGUUGGAAAGAGGGCAAAGAAACAAAAAUGUGAUACUGUUUUCAGGUUUGUGGAUUGAAUUGGGUAAUGUUUGUGGCUAAUGUUGUAGUAGUUUUCUAAUCAUAGCACAUUGUAAAACAUUCCACGGUAUCAUUGUGAAGCUAUAUAUGUAAUACUCCGGGGAUUCUAUUAAUAUGAAGUUGUCCCUUUGCCUCUU